CUGACUUUAAAAAUCAUUUAACCCCAGUUGUCUGUUUUAAAUUUCAUCAUUAAAUAUAUCAAGGUAAAGGAAAACACUUUAAAAGUAUUCACAGUUUCCAUGGCCUUGGCAGAACAACAACUAUCUUUACUUCACUUGUCCACCACAAUGUAGUCCAGUCCAGUAUUCUGACGAGUUGUAAUUGCGUCAUCCGGGCUUUCCCAGAAAUAAUUAUGCACUGAGCUGUUGUAAACAUUGCCAGACGUCGACAGAUAAGACAAAUUUCACAUCGAAAGUGUAGAAUAAAGGGCCGCCUUUAUUUCGUCGAUGGCGUCACCCUCUGAUGCAAUGCAGGAUUGUCUCCUCAAGGCACAACGUGCACUGGCAGUUCUUUAUGAAGACAGAUACCCUUGCAGCAACUGGGUUCAACGAGGACUGAGAGAACUACUGUAUCAAAGGUGUAGUGGAUCACGGAACGAAUUCAAUGACAAUUUUCUCCGGCCAACUAUUACAUUACUGGAAAGACUGAAAGAGCAGGGCUUUCCUUUAGUGAAGAAUGGAAAUAUUAUUGUUCACCUGAUAGUGCCAUCGAACCACUUGGAAGCUGGAGAAAUGUUUUAUCAGGUUGGCCAUACAACACCAGGGACAUUAGCACUAAAGUUCGCCAAGUAUCAAGGUAACUCAGUGGUCCUACAGCCAUCCACCAUCGAGGAAAGAGAAUUCCAUUUAGGAUUCAGCCAGCAGUACAUUAGACAACUACGAAACGAAGCUAGUAGAUUUGGUAAUCAGUUGAUGAGAGUUCUGCUGGUGUGCAGGCCAGCUGGCCAGGAGGAAAUUACCACUGAAAAGAUAGAAGUGGACCAGAUAAUACCUCACUCAGUUGGAAAUAAUUCAUUUGUACCGGAAACAUUCCAAAACCAACUGCCCAAUAGAGGUGGACUAUCAUCUCUCACUGUUGGCCGUCAACCUCAAGAACAUUAUUUAAGUACUAGUGAAGCUAAUUUAGCGUCCAUUCGAACUACCCAAGAAGUCAAUGGAGAAACGGCUGCGUCCUCUGACCAUGAACCAGUAGAACACUCAUUCAGUGACAGUGACAGGAAUCCAGCAUAUUCCCUUAUACAUCAAGCAACCAGAAAAGAUCCAGCUACACCAGUAAGAGAACACCAACCUGACUGCCACUCUUCAGGAGCAGGUGGGAACAACCCCGCGUAUCCUCCUAUUCACCAAGCAGUCAGUAAAGAUUUACCUGCGAAUGUUAUCGGCCAUCACUCUCAGUCAGGUGCUAAUAGGAACAAUCCAGCGUAUCCUCCUAUUCACCAAGCAGUCAGAGAAGAUUCAUCUACUCAAGACACUGGUCAUCAGCCUCAGUCAGGUGCUAAUGCAAACAAUCCAGCAUAUCCUCCUAUUCGACAAACAGUCAGAGAAGAUUCAUCUGCACAACACACUGGUCAUCAGCCUCAGUCAGGUGCUAGGGGAGAGAAUCCAGCGUAUCCUCCUAUUCGCCAAACAGUCAGAGAAAAUUCAUCUGCACAAGACACUGGUCAUCAGCCUCAGUCAGGUGGUAAUGGCAACAAUCCAGCGUAUCCUCCUAUUCGACAAACAGUGCGAGAAGAUUCAUCUGCACAACACACUGAUCAUCAGCCUCAGUCAGGUGCUAGGGGAGAGAAUCCAGCGUAUCCCCCUAUUUGCCAAGCAGUCAGAGAAAAUUCAUCUGCACAAGACACUGGCCAUCAGCCUCAGUCAGGUGCUAAUGCAAACAAUCCAGCGUAUCCUCCUAUUCGCGAAGCAGUCAGAGAAGAUUCAUCUGCACAAGACAUCGGUCGUCAACCUCAGUCAGGUGCUAAUGCAAACAAUCCAGCGUAUCCUCCUAUUCGCCAAGCAGUUAGAGAAGAUUCGUCUGAACAAGACACUUGUCAUCAUCCUCAGUCAGGUGCCAGGGGAGAGAAUCCAGCGUAUCCUCCUAUUCGACAAACAGUCAGAGAAAAUUCAUCUGCACAAGACACUGGUCAUCAGCCUCAGUCAGGUGCUAAUGCAAACAAUCCAGCGUAUCCUCCUAUUCGCGAAGCAGUCAGAGAAGAUUCAUCUGCACAAGACAUCGGUCGUCAACCUCAGUCAGGUGCUAAUGCAAACAAUCCUGCGUAUCCUCCUAUUCGCCAAGCAGUUAGAGAAGAUUCGUCUGAACAAGACACUUGUCAUCAUCCUCAGUCAGGUGCCAGGGGAGAGAAUCCAGCGUAUCCUCCUAUUCGACAAACAGUCAGAGAAAAUUCAUCUGCACAAGACACUGGUCAUCAGCCUCAGUCAGGUGCCAAUGGAGAUAAUCCAGCGUAUCCUCCUAUUCACCAGGCAGUUAGAGAAGAUUCAUCUGCACAAGACAUCGGUCAUCAGCCUCAGUCAGGUGCAAUUGCAAACAAUCCAGCGUACCCUCCUAUUCACCAAGCAGUUAGAGAAGAUUUACCCACUCAAGACACUGGUCAUCAGCCUCAGACAGGUGCCAAUGGAGAUAAUCCAGCGUAUCCUCCUAUUCACCAGGCGGUCAGAGAAGAUUCAUCUGAACAAGACACUGGUCAUCAGCCUCAGUCAAGUGUUCGUGGAGAGAAUCCAGCAUAUCCCCCUAUUCACCAGGCAGUCAACGAAGAUUCAUCUACCCAAGACACUGGUCAUCAGCCUCAGUCAGGUGCUAAUGGAAAUAAUCCAGCGUAUCCCCCUAUUCACCAGGCAGUCAAAGAAGAUUCAUCUACCCAAGACACUGGUCAUCAGCCUCAGUCAGGUGCUAAUGGAAAUAAUCCAGCGUAUUCCCCUAUUCACCAGGCAGUCAAAGAAGAUUCAUCUACCCAAGACACUGGUCAUCAGCCUCAGUCAGGAAAUAAUCCAGCGUAUCCUAUUCACCUGGCAGUCAGAGAGGAUUCAUCUACACAAGGCACUGGUCAUGAACCUCAGUCAGGUGCUAAUGGAGAGAAUCCAGCGUAUCCUCCUAUUCACCGGGCAGUCAGAGAAGAUUUGUCCACACAAGACUCUGGACAGCAACCAGAAUUAGAAAAUACUCCUUGUAAAGGGAGUAUUAAUCCAGCAUAUCCUCCAAUCCACCAAGCGGUCAAAGACGGUUCAUUUGCAAAAACUGCUCAACGACCAGAAAUCGAAGAACCUUCUUCAGAUGGAAGCAGAGUUAAUCUAGCAUAUCCUCCGAUUCAUCAAGCAGUGAAUGAUACGACAACUGCGUCUAUCAAUGGCCAGCAGCCUGCCAGUUGUCUGGUAGAAGGAAACUCUCUAGGUGCAAGCGGAAGCAAUCCACCGUAUCCUCCAAUUCAUCAGGCGGUCAGAACUGAUUCUCACGCCAUUGGUAAGCAAUGGGAGCAGCAUAAUUCUGGAGGAGGUGGAGGCAAACCUGUUUACACUCCUUCUUUUCAUGAAACAAACAGUUCUGCACCAUCACUCUGCGGUUCAAGCCAAGAUCCUUUUAAGUUUCUUGAAGAUCAAGAAUGCCAGUUCUAGGAAAUGCUGCUGUAUGCUUUAAUGAAACUGUUUACUUUAAUCCCAUAAGGGCACUACAAAACUAACAGACCUAAUGCGUAUUGGGUGAAAUCUCAAUUAGUUUUGUUGCGCUUUGUCACGUAGAUAAGUCCAGUUUCUUAUGAUCGCAUUCCAGUUAAGUAAGUUAUUCUAUUGUACAAAAUAUGUCAAUAGCAUGUCAGAAAUCGGAAUUUAAGUAAAAAUUACCCACAUACA